AUGGCAAUAUUCGGCCUGAAGCUGGGCGCCAGCUCCGCCCGCGUGGCGGAGGCCAAGCAAGAGCUGCUGGAGGCCAUUGCGCCCCUCAAGCGCGGCCUCACCGCCACCGAUGAGGAUCGGCAGCAGGUGGAGCGCCUGGCUAGCAAGCUGGAACGCAUGAAUCCGACCAAGCGGCCCCUGGCAUCCGACCUCAUCAACGGGCAAUGGGAGCUGCUGUACACCACCAGCGACUCCAUCCUGGGCAUGUCCAAGCCCGCCUUCCUGCGCCCCAGCGGCCCCAUCUACCAGGUCAUCGACGCCAAGGCGCUGACCGCGCGCAACAAGGAGACGGCGCCGCUGUUCAACCAGGUGUCGGCGGAGCUGAUCCCCGAGUCGGACAGCAAGGUCAAGGUGCAGUUCAAGGAGUUCAAGAUCCUGGGGCUGGUGCCCAUCAAGGCGCCGCCGUCUGCGGUGGGCGAGCUGGCGGUGACCUACCUGGACGACGAGCUGCGUGUGUCCAGGGGCAACCGGGGCAACCUGUUUGUUCUCAGGUGA